AUGGCGGCCGCGUUUCUGCCGGCGACCUCUCUCCGCCUGACUCCAUUCUCUACUCUCCGAUUCUUAUCCUACCUCCCCAUUUCUACUCCUUAUUCUCUAUUCCGCCCACUACGCCGCCGGGUUCUCCCGCUUUUGGAAGCUUAUCCGGCCAAUGCUCGCCGGAGAUGCUUUUGCAGCGCCGUUUCUGAGUCUCUGGGUUCCGGAGAGGGAAAGAGAGUGGAGAAUUACGAGAAGCGAUUUGGAAGUAAAGUUGGAGAAUUCAGGAGGAAGUUGAGGAUAGCGGAAGUGAAAGGAGGAGCAGACGAAGGUCUGGGUCGCGUCGGGGAGAGUCUCAGCAUUAUGGGUUGGGUUCGGACUCUUCGAUCUCAAAGCAGUGUCACAUUUGUCGAGAUAAAUGAUGGUUCUUGCCUAUCAAACUUGCAAUGUGUGAUGAAUUCAGACGCAGCGGGAUAUGAUCAGGUAGAAUCUGGUUCGAUCUUGACUGGAGCAUCCAUAUCUGUACAAGGUACUCUUGUGGCCAGCCAGGGAACAAAGCAGAAGGUAGAGCUUAAGGUUGAGAAAAUCAUCGUGGUUGGCAAGUGUGACUCUUCGUAUCCCAUCCAGAAAAAGAGGGUCAGCCGGGAGUUCUUGAGAACCAAGGCUCAUCUACGUCCAAGAACCAAUACCUUUGGGGCGGUGGCAAGAGUUAGGAAUACUCUGGCAUAUGCUACACACAAGUUCUUUCAGGAAAGUGGAUUUGUCUGGGUAGCAAGCCCAAUUAUCACAGCGUCGGACUGUGAAGGUGCCGGAGAACAGUUCUGUGUCACUACACUCAUUCCCAGCUCCCAUGAGACCACCGAUUCUUCCAUUGAUGCAAUUCCGAAAACAAAGGGAGGGUUGAUUGAUUGGUCACAGGACUUCUUUGGGAAACCUGCAUUCUUGACCGUCUCUGGGCAACUCAAUGGAGAAACCUAUGCGACCGCUCUCUCAGAUGUAUACACGUUUGGUCCUACAUUUCGAGCGGAGAAUUCCAACACUUCCAGGCACUUAGCCGAAUUCUGGAUGAUUGAACCAGAACUUGCUUUUGCCGACCUGGAUGAGGACAUGGCCUGUGCCACCGCCUACCUCCAGUAUGUCGUAAAAUACGUUCUUGAUCAUUGUAAGGAAGACAUGGAGUUCUUUGAUACAUGGAUUGAGAAAGGAAUCAUUCAGCGCUUGAGUGACGUAGUUGAGAAAGAUUUUCUACAGCUGGGUUACAGUGACGCCAUUGAACUUCUUCUGAAAGCAAACAAAAAAUUUGAUUUCCCGGUGAAGUGGGGGCUAGAUUUGCAGAGCGAGCAUGAAAGGUACAUAACAGAAGAGGCAUUUGGGGGUCGCCCAGUGAUAAUAAGAGACUAUCCAAAGGAGAUAAAAGCGUUCUAUAUGCGGGAGAAUGAUGAUGGCAAGACAGUGGCAGCAAUGGAUAUGCUCGUGCCUCGGAUAGGAGAGCUGAUAGGUGGAAGCCAAAGAGAGGAAAGGCUUGAGGUAUUGGAAGCGAGGCUUGAUGAGUUGAAACUCGACAAAGAGAGCUACUGGUGGUACCUCGACCUCCGCCGCUAUGGUUCAGUUCCUCACGCUGGAUUCGGGCUAGGGUUUGAGAGGCUGGUCCAGUUUGCCACUGGAAUUGAUAAUAUCAGAGACGUUAUUCCUUUCCCGCGCUCACCUGGCUCUGCCGAGUUUUGA